UCCAGGUCUCUCCUGGCUGCGCGCGCUCCUCUCCCCGCUUCGCCCCCUCCCGCAGCCUCGCUGCCUUGGAGCCUCCCUGCCCGGCUCGGCCGGCGGCCCGGCAGCCCGGUGUCAGUGCUCGCAGCAGCUCAGCCCUGCAGUGGCUCAGACCCGGGACCGAUGCUAUGAGAGGGGAGGCAGCCGGGCGCCCAGAGCUGCAGGAGGCGUCGGAUGCGCGGCCGCUCUGGGGACCGGGCUUUCCUUCCAGCUCGCCUUGCCCUCUGGUGAUUAUUUGGCUCUGUUCAUAGCCCCGCCGUGCCUCGGAGGAGACGGGUCUAUCUGAGAAGAGCCAUCGGUGGCGUGUGCAUCUGGAAUAUCUGCAGACAUGACUGCGCGGAGGAAAUUCGAGUGGCUGCUCCUGCCCCUGGUACCGCUGGUUGUCUGCGCGGGGCUCCUCACCGCAGCGAAGGGUCAGAACUGUGGCGGCUUAGUUCAGGGUCCCAACGGCACCAUUGAGAGCCCAGGGUUUCCCCAUGGUUAUCCAAACUAUGCCAACUGCACCUGGAUCGUGGUCACUGGAGAACGCAAUCGGAUACAGUUGUCAUUUCACACCUUUGCUCUUGAAGAAGAUUUUGAUAUUUUAUCAAUUUACGAUGGACAGCUCCAACAAGGGAACCUGAAAGUGAGACUCUCGGGAUUUGAGCUGCCCUCCUCCAUCGUCAGCACGGGAUCCGUCCUCACGCUGUGGUUCACCACUGACUUCGCUGUGAGCGCCCAAGGUUUCAAAGCCCUGUAUGAAGUCUUACCGAGCCACACAUGUGGAAAUCCUGGGGAAAUAUUGAAAGGAGUCCUCCAUGGGACAAGAUUCAACAUAGGGGACAAAAUCCGGUACAGCUGCCUCUCUGGCUAUGUGUUGGAAGGGCACACCGUUCUGACCUGCAUUGUCAGCCCAGGGAACGGUGCAUCCUGGGAUUUCCCAGCCCCGCUCUGCCGAGCUGAGGGAGCCUGCGGAGGGACCUUACGGGGGACGAGUAGCACUAUUUCCAGCCCCCACUUCCCUUCUGAAUAUGAGAACAACGCUGACUGUACGUGGACCAUUCUUGCCGAGCCCGGGGACACCAUUGCUCUAGUCUUCACUGACUUCCAGCUGGAGGAAGGGUACGACUUCCUGGAGAUCAGUGGCACCGAAGCACCGUCCGUAUGGCUGACGGGCAUGAAUCUUCCUUCUCCUGUUAUCAGUAGCAAGAAUUGGUUAAGACUCCAUUUCACAUCUGACAGCAACCAUCGACGCAAAGGAUUUAAUGCCCAGUUUCAAGUGAAAAAGGCCAUUGAACUGAAGUCACGAGGAGUGAAGAUGCUGCCCAACAAGGACGGUAGCCACAAAAUCUCUGUCUUGAGUCAAGGGGGUGUUGCUUUGGUCUCUGACAUGUGUCCAGAUCCUGGGAUUCCAGAAAAUGGUAGAAGAACAGGAACCGACUUCAGGGUUGGUGCAAAUGUCCAGUUCUCCUGUGAGGACAGUUACGUGCUCCAGGGAUCCAAAAGCAUCACCUGUCAGAGGGUCACUGAGACACUGGCUGCGUGGAGUGACCAUCGGCCGAUUUGCAGAGCGAGAACGUGUGGAUCAAAUCUGCGUGGGCCCAGUGGCGUCAUCACCUCGCCUAACUACCCGGUUCAGUAUGAAGACAACGCGCAGUGUGUGUGGGUCAUCACCAGCUCGGACCCAGACAAGGUCAUCAAGCUCGCCUUCGAGGAGUUUGAGCUCGAGCGAGGCUACGAUACCCUGACGGUGGGCGAUGCCGGCAAAGUGGGCGACGCCAGGACCGUCCUGUACGUACUCACUGGGUCCAGCGUCCCCGACCUCAUCGUGAGCAUGAGCAACCAGAUGUGGCUGCACCUGCAGUCUGACGACAGCAUCGCCUCACCUGGAUUCAAAGCUGUUUACCAAGAAAUUGAGAAGGGAGGAUGUGGGGACCCCGGCGUCCCAGCCUAUGGACAGCGGACUGGCAGCAGCUUUCUCCAUGGAGACACCCUCACCUUUGAGUGCCAGGCAGCCUUCGAACUGGUGGGGGAGAGAGUCAUCACGUGUCAGCAGAACAACCAGUGGUCGGGCAACAAGCCCAGCUGCGUGUUUUCAUGCUUCUUCAACUUCACUGCGUCAUCGGGGAUCAUCCUGUCCCCAAAUUACCCCGAGGAGUACGGGAACAACAUGAACUGUGUGUGGCUGAUCCUCUCCGAGCCGGGAACCAGGGUUCACCUCAUCUUUAACGACUUUGACGUGGAGCCACAGUUCGACUUCCUCGCCAUCAAGGAUGACGGCAUUUCUGACGUCACCGUCCUCGGGACCUUUUCCGGCAAUGAUGUGCCCGCCCAGCUGGCCAGCAGCGGGCACGUGGUCCGCUUGGAAUUUCAGUCGGAUCACUCCACGACUGGCAGAGGGUUCAACAUCACUUACACCACAUUUGGUCAAAACGAGUGCCAUGAUCCUGGCAUCCCCAUAAAUGGACGGCGUUUUGGUGACCGGUUUCUCCUUGGGAGCUCGGUUUCCUUCCACUGUGACGAUGGCUUUGUCAAAACCCAGGGCUCAGAGUCCAUCACCUGCAUCCUGCAGGAUGGGAAUGUCGUUUGGAGCUCAGCCGUGCCUCGAUGUGAAGCCCCGUGUGGUGGACAUCUGACAGCUUCGAGUGGCGUCAUUUUGCCUCCGGGAUGGCCAGGAUAUUAUAAAGAUUCUUUAAACUGUGAAUGGAUAAUUGAAGCAAAACCAGGACAUUCUAUCAAAAUAACUUUUGAUAGAUUCCAGACGGAAGUCAACUACGACACGCUGGAGGUGAGGGACGGCCCGGCCGCCGCGUCCCCGCUCAUCGGCGAGUUCCACGGCACGCAGGCCCCGCGGUUCCUCGUCAGCACCGGGAACGUGCUGUACCUGCUCUUCUCCACCGACAGCAGCCGCGCCAGCGUGGGCUUCCUCAUCCGCUACGAGAGUGUGACUCUAGAGUCAGACUCGUGCCUUGACCCAGGAAUCCCUGUGAAUGGUCGUCGGCAUGGCAGUGAUUUUGGCAUCAGGUCUACGGUGACUUUCAGCUGUGAUCCCGGGUACACACUGAGUGACGACGAGCCCCUCGUCUGUGAGAAGAACCACCAGUGGAACCACGCACUGCCCAGCUGUGAUGCGCUCUGUGGAGGCUACAUCCAUGGGAAGAGUGGAACAGUCCUUUCUCCGGGGUUUCCGGAUUUCUAUCCGAACUCUCUGAACUGCACCUGGACCAUUGAAGUGUCUCAUGGCAAGGGAGUGCAGAUGAUAUUCCACACCUUUCACCUGGAGAGCUCCCACGACUACUUGCUGGUCACGGAGGACGGCAGUUUCUCGGAGCCCGUGGCCAGGCUCACGGGCUCCGUGCUGCCGCACAUCAUUAAGGCGGGUUUGUUCGGGAACUUCACUGCCCAGCUUCGCUUCAUAUCAGACUUUUCCAUUUCCUACGAGGGCUUCAACAUCACCUUUUCAGAAUACGACCUCGAGCCCUGUGAUGACCCCGGUGUCCCUGCCUUCAGCCGACGGAUUGGUUUUCACUUUGGAGUCGGGGACUCGCUGACCUUCUCCUGCUUCCCAGGGUAUCGCUUAGAAGGUGCCACCAAGCUUACGUGCCUGGGUGGGGGCCGCCGUGUGUGGAGUGCACCUCUGCCAAGGUGUGUGGCUGAAUGUGGAGCAAGUGUCAAAGGAAGUGAAGGAACAUUGCUGUCACCAAAUUUCCCAUCCAAUUAUGAUAAUAACCAUGAGUGUAUCUAUAAAAUAGAAACAGAAGCAGGCAAGGGGAUCCGUCUCAGAGCACAAAGCUUCCAGCUGUUUGAAGGAGACACUUUAAAGGUGUAUGAUGGAAAAGACACUUCGUCACGGCCCCUGGGGACCUUCACGAAAAACGAGCUUCUGGGCCUGACCCUAAACAGCACUUCUAAUCACCUGUGGCUGGAAUUCAACAGCAACGCGUCGGACACCGAGCAAGGGUUCCAGCUCACCUACAGCAGUUUCGACCUAGUGAAAUGCGAGGACCCAGGCAUCCCCAGCUAUGGCUACAGGGUCCGAGACGGAGGCCACUUCACUGACACGACGGUCCUGUACAGCUGCAACCCUGGCUACAGCAUGCACGGCGGCAGCACCCUGACGUGCCUCAGUGGGGACCGCAGAGUGUGGGACAAGCCCGUGCCGUCCUGCGUGGCGGAGUGUGGGGGUCAGAUCCACGCAGCCACCUCAGGGCGCCUCUUGUCCCCUGGUUACCCAGCUCCCUACGACAACAACCUGCACUGCACCUGGAUCAUAGAGGCCGACCCAGGAAAGACCAUCAGCCUCCACUUCAUCGUGUUUGACACGGAGCUGGCUCACGACAUCCUGAAGGUGUGGGACGGCCCCGUGGACAGCGACGUGCUGCUGAAGGAGUGGAGCGGCUCGGCGCUGCCCGGCGACAUCCACAGCACGUUCAGCUCGCUCACGCUGCAGUUCGACAGCGACUUCUUCAUCAGCAAGUCGGGCUUCUCCAUCCAGUUCUCAACAUCAGUCGCGUCCACCUGCAAUGACCCAGGCAUGCCCCAGAAUGGCACUCGCUACGGUGACAGUAGAGAGCCUGGAGAUACUGUCAGCUUCCAGUGUGACCCUGGGUAUCAGCUCCAAGGACAAGCUAAAAUCACGUGUGUGCAACUGAAUAACCGGUUCUUCUGGCAACCAGACCCGCCUACCUGCAUAGCUGCCUGUGGAGGAAAUCUGACGGGCCCAGCCGGCGUUAUUUUAUCGCCUAACUACCCGCAGCCAUACCCCCCCGGGAAGGAGUGCGACUGGAGAAUAAAAGUGAACCCCGACUUCGUGAUCUCCUUGAUGUUCAAAAGCUUCCACAUGGAGCCCAGCUAUGACUUCCUGCACAUCUAUGAGGGCGACGGCUCCAACAGCCCCCUGAUUGGCAGUUUCCAGGGCUCCCAGGCCCCGGAGAGAAUCGAGAGCAGCGGCAACAGCCUUUUCCUGGCGUUUCGGAGCGAUGCCUCCGUGGGCUUGUCCGGCUUCGCCAUCGAGUUUAAAGAGAAACCGCGAGAAGCGUGUUUUGACCCUGGGAAUAUAAUGAAUGGGACAAGAAUUGGGACAGAUUUCAAACUUGGCUCCACCGUUACUUACCAGUGUGACUCUGGCUACAAGAUUGUGGAGCCCUCCUCCAUCACGUGUGUGAUUGGCGCCGAUGGAAAGCCCGCCUGGAACCGCGACUUGCCCUCGUGCAGCGCUCCCUGCGGAGGCCAGUACACUGGAUCAGAAGGGGUGGUCUUGUCACCGAACUACCCUCGUAACUACACAGCUGGCCAAGUAUGCCUGUAUUCCAUCACGGUGCCGAAGGAAUUUGUGGUGUUUGGACAGUUUGCCUAUUUUCAGACGGCCCUGAACGAUUUAGCAGAAUUGUUUGAUGGGACACACCCACAGACCAGACUUCUCAGCUCGCUCUCUGGGUCUCACUCAGGUGAAACCCUGCCCUUGGCAACUGCAAAUCAAAUUCUGCUACGAUUCAGCGCGAAGAGCGGUGGGUCUGCCCGGGGCUUCCACUUCGUUUACCAAGCUGUCCCGCGUACCAGCGAUACCCAGUGCAGCUCUGUCCCCGAGCCCAGAUAUGGAAGGAGAAUUGGUUCUGAGUUCUCAGCAGGUUCGAUUGUGCGAUUUGAGUGUAACCCGGGAUACCUCCUGCAAGGUUCCACCGCUGUCCGCUGUCAGUCGGUGCCAAAUGCUCUAGCGCAGUGGAAUGACACGAUCCCUAGCUGUGUGGUCCCCUGCAGUGGCAAUUUCACUCAGCGGAGAGGGACAAUUUUGUCCCCUGGGUACCCGGAACCAUAUGGUAACAACUUAAACUGUAUCUGGAAAAUCAUCGUGACGGAGGGAUCAGGAAUUCAGAUUCAGGUCAUCAGCUUCGCCACCGAGCAGAACUGGGACUCCCUGGAGAUUUACGACGGCGGAGACAGGAUGGCCCCCCGACUGGGGAGUUUCUCAGGGACCACAGUGCCUGCCCUGCUGAACAGCACAUCCAACCAGCUCUACCUGCAUUUCCAGUCAGACAUCAGUGUGGCCGCAGCCGGUUUCCACCUGGAGUACAAAACGGUAGGUCUCGCUGCGUGCCCGGAGCCCGUCCUGCCCAGCAACGGCAUCAAGACCGGCGACCGGUACCUGGUGAACGACGUGCUGUCCUUCCGGUGCGAGCCCGGGUACACGCUGCAGGGCCGCUCCCACAUUUCCUGUAUGCCGGGGACUGUCCGCCGCUGGAACUACCCGUCUCCGGUCUGCGUGGCAACCUGCGGGGGCGCGCUGACCGCCAUGGCGGGCGUGGUCCUGAGUCCGGGCUUCCCUGGCGCUUAUCCCAACAACCUGGACUGCACCUGGACCAUCACCCUGCCCACCGGGUAUGGUGCACAUAUUCAAUUUCUGAAUUUUUCUACUGAAGCUAAUCAUGACUACCUGGAAAUCCAGAACGGACCUCACCACACCAGCCCUAUGAUCGGGCAGUUUAGUGGCAGCGAUGUCCCGUCCGCAUUGCUGAGCACAACGCACGAAACCCUCAUCCACUUUUACAGCGACCAUUCACAAAACCGGCAAGGAUUUAAGCUUGCUUACCAAGCCUAUGAACUACAGAACUGCCCAGACCCACCGCCUUUUCAGAACGGGUACAUGAUCAACUCAGAUUACAGCGUGGGACAAUCAAUAUCUUUCGAGUGUUAUCCUGGGUACAUUUUAAUUGGCCACCCAGUCCUCACCUGUCAGCAUGGGAUCAACAGAAAUUGGAACCAUCCUUUCCCAAGAUGUGAUGCUCCUUGUGGAUAUAACAUAACGUCUCCGAAUGGCACCAUUUAUUCCCCUGGAUUUCCAGACGAGUACCCGAUUUUGAAGGACUGCAUGUGGCUGAUCACUGUGCCUCCCGGUCACGGGGUCUACAUCAACUUCACGUUGCUGCAGACCGAAGCCGUCAACGACUACAUUGCUGUCUGGGAUGGUCCCGAUCAGAAUUCGCCUCAGCUAGGAGUUUUCAGUGGAAACACAGCACUGGAGUCGGCCUACAGUUCCACCAAUCAGGUCCUGCUCAAGUUUCACAGCGACUUUUCCAAUGGCGGCUUCUUCGUCCUCAAUUUCCACGCAUUUCAGCUCAAGAAAUGUCCACCUCCCCCUGCAGUUCCGCAGGCAGAAAUGCUCACGGAGGACGACGAUUUUGAAAUAGGAGACUUUGUGAGAUACCAGUGCCAGCCUGGGUACACGCUGUCCGGAGCGGAUAUGCUCACCUGCAAGCUCGGCGCCCAGCUGCAGUUCGAAGGGGCUGUGCCCACGUGCGAAGCUCAAUGCCCAGCGAACGAAGUCCGGACAGAAUCUUCUGGAGUGAUCCUCAGUCCAGGUUAUCCGGGCAACUAUUUGAACUCCCAGACGUGCUCCUGGAGCAUCAGAGUGGAACCAGACUAUAACAUCACCAUCUUUGUGGACUCAUUUCAAAGCGAGAAGCAGUUUGAUGCCCUGGAAGUGUUUGAUGGUCCCUCUGGUCAGAGCCCUGUGCUGGUGGUGUUAAGUGGGAACCACACGCAGCAAUCCAACUUCACAAGCAGGGGUCCUCAGUUGUACCUGCGCUGGUCCACCGAUCACGCGACCAGCAAGAAAGGUUUCAAGAUCCGUUAUGCAGCACCAUACUGCAGCUUGACCCACACCCUGAAGAACGGCGGCAUUUUAAAUGGGACUGCGGGGACCCUUGGGAAUAAAGUGCAUUACUUUUGCAAGCCCGGCUACCGAAUGAUCGGCCCCAGCAAUGCAACCUGUAGACGGGACCCAGCGGGCAUGUACCAGUGGGACUCCCUUCCUCCGCUGUGCCAGGCUGUGUCCUGUGGAGUCCCAGAGUCCCCAGGAAAUGGUUCAUUUAUGGGUAAUGAGUUCACUUUGGAUAGUAAAGUGAUAUAUGAAUGUAACGAGGGCUUUGAGCUUGAAGCUAGUCAACAAGCCACAGCAGUGUGUCAGGAAGAUGGAUCAUGGAGCCACGGAGGCAAGCCCCCUACCUGUAAACCGGUACUAUGCCCUGGCAUCGAAGCCCAGCUCUCAGAGCACGUCACCUGGAGGCUGGUUUCCGGAUCUCUGAACGAGUAUGGAGCUCAGGUGGUGCUGAGCUGCAGCCCCGGCUACUACCUGGAGGGCAGAAAGCUUGUGCAGUGCCAGGCGAAUGGGACGUGGAGCGUGGGAGAGAGCAGGCCCAGGUGCAGAGUUAUCUCUUGUGGGAGCCUGGCCUUUCCCCCCAACGGCAACAAGAUUGGCACGCUGACGGUUUAUGGAGCCACAGCCAUAUUCACCUGUAACACAGGCUACACACUUGUGGGUUCCCACGUGCGAGAGUGCCUGGCUAACGGGCUCUGGAGUGGAGCCGAAACGCGCUGCCUGGCUGGCCACUGCGGCUCCCCAGACCCAAUCGUGAACGGUCACAUCAGUGGAGACGGAUUCAGCUACCGGGACACGGUGGUGUAUCAGUGCAGUCCUGGCUUCCGGCUCGUGGGAACCUCUGUUCGGAUAUGUUUGCAAGACCACAAGUGGUCUGGACAAACUCCAGUGUGUGUUGCCAUCACAUGUGGUCACCCUGGGAACCCGGCCCACGGGCUCACCAAUGGCAGUGAGUUCAAUCUGAACGACGUGGUGAACUUUACCUGCAACACCGGCUACGUGCUGCACGGGGCGCCCCGAGCCCAGUGCAGGAGCAGCAGCCAGUGGAGCAGCCCUCUGCCCACCUGUCGAGUGGUCAACUGCUCGGACCCAGGCUUCGUGGACAACGCCGUGCGCCACGGGCAGCAGAGCUUCCCCGAGAGCUUUGUCUAUGGGAAGAGCGUCAUGUAUCACUGCAAGAAGGGCUUCUACCUGCUGGGCUCCUCCGCCCUCACCUGCACGGCCAGCGGCCUGUGGGAUCGCUCCUUACCCCAGUGUCUGGCGAUAUCCUGUGGGCACCCGGGGGUCCCUGCCAACGCUGUCCUUACUGGGGAGCUAUUUACCUACGGGGCCACGGCCCACUACUCCUGCAAAGGGACCCACAGGCUCGUAGGCAACAGCACCAGGGUCUGCCAAGAGGACAGCCACUGGAGUGGGGCCCUGCCCCUCUGUGCAGGAAAUAAUCCUGGAUUUUGCGGUGACCCAGGGACCCCAGCACAUGGCUCACGGCUUGGACAGGAAUUCAAAGCAAAGAGCCUUCUGCGCUUCUCCUGUGAAAUGGGCUACCAGCUCAGGGGCUCUCCUGAGCGGACGUGUCUGCUCAACGGGUCCUGGUCAGGCGUGCAGCCUGUGUGUGAGGCCGUGUCCUGUGGAAAUCCAGGCACACCCACCAAUGGCAUGAUCGUCAGUAGCGACGGCAUUUUGUUCUCCAGCUCGGUCAUCUAUGCCUGCUGGGAAGGCUACAGGACGUCGGGGCUGACAACUCGGCACUGCACAGCCAACGGCACCUGGACGGGUACAGCCCCUGACUGCACAGUGAUAAGCUGUGGAGAUCCAGGCACAGUGGCCAACGGCAUCCAGUUUGGGACCGACUUCACCUUCAACCAGACUGUGAGCUAUCAGUGUGACCCUGGCUAUGUCAUGGACCCUGCCACGUCCCCCACUAUCCGCUGUACCAAGGACAGCACCUGGAACCACAGCAAGCCCGUCUGCAAAGCUGUCCUGUGCAGUCGGCCUCCUCACGUGCACAACGGCAGAGUGGAGGGAGCAGAUUUCCGCUGGGGCGCCAGCGUCAGCUACAGCUGUGUGGACGGCUACCAGCUCUCUCAGCCCGCCAUCCUGUCCUGCGAGGGGCCUGGGCUGUGGAAGGGGGACGUGCCCCAGUGCCUGCCCGUGUUCUGUGGAGACCCCGGCACCCCUGCGGAUGGCCAUCUCAGUGGCCAAAGUUUCACCUACAGAUCUGAAGUCUCCUUCCAGUGCAAACCUCCCUUCAUACUGGUGGGAUCUUCGAGAAGAACCUGCCAAGCUGACGGCACGUGGAGCGGCAUCCAGCCCACCUGCAUCGAUCCUGCUCAUAACACUUGCCCCGACCCUGGCACUCCACCCUUUGGAAUACAAAACAGCUCAAGAGGAUAUGAGGUCGGCAGUGCCGUGUACUUCAGGUGCAGGAAAGGCUACCACGUCCAGGGCUCUACCACGCGGACUUGCCUGGCGAAUUUAACGUGGAGCGGGAUCCAGACCGAGUGUAUCCCUCACGCCUGCAGACAACCAGAAACGCCAGCCCAUGCAGACGUGAGAGCGAUCGACCUUCCUGCCUUUGGUUACACCUUGGUGUACACCUGCCAUCCUGGAUUCUUCCUGGCGGGUGGAUCCGAGCACAGGACGUGUAAAGCAGAUAUGAAAUGGACAGGAAAAUCACCUGUCUGUAAAAGUAAAGGAGUGAGAGAAGUUAAUGAAACAGUUACUAAAACUCCAGUUCCUUCGGAUGUGUUUUUCGUCAAUUCGGUGUGGAAAGGAUAUUAUGAAUAUUUAGGGAAAAGACAGCCAGUGACUCUGACUGUUGACUGGUUCAAUGCGACGAGUAGCAAGGUGAAUGCCACCUUUACCGAAGCCUCGCGAGUAGAGCUGAAGUUGACAGGAAUUUACAAGAAGGAGGAGGCCCACUUGCUUCUGAAGUCUUUCCAAAUUAAAGGUCCGGUAGACAUUUUUGUAAGCAAGUUUGAAAAUGACAACUGGGGACUGGAUGGUUACGUCUCAUCAGGGAUUGGAAGAGGAGGAUUUACUUUCCAAGGUGAUAUACAUGGAAAAGACUUUGGGAAAUUCAAGCUCGAAAGGCAAGACCCCCUAAGCUCUGACCGAGACUCUUCACAGCAUUACCACGGCACCAGCAGUGGGUCCGUCGCAGCUGCCAUCCUGGUCCCGUUCCUCGCCCUAAUUUUAUCAGGGUUUGCAUUUUACCUCUACAAACACAGAACAAGACCAAAAGUUCAAUACAAUGGCUACGCUGGACAUGAAAACAGCAACGGACAAGCUUCGUUUGAGAACCCCAUGUAUGAUACAAACUUAAAACCCACAGAAGCCAAGGCUGUGCGGUUUGACACGACUCUGAACACAGUGUGUACAGUGGUAUAGCCCUCAGUGCCCGCAGGACUGACCCAUAGCCAUACCUCGGAUGGACAAGCAGCCAUUCCUUUGGUGCCAUAGCCCACCCUCCUUCUCCUCUCAGCUUUGCUGCAGCGAACGUCACGGCUUCUCCCGGCACCCACGCGGCGGGAGCGUCAGGUCCCACGUGCCGAGUCUUCGGGGCCGAACUGCACCCAUGUCUUCAUCCUGGGAGUGGAUUCUGAAUGCCGGCCGUGCCCACCCGGAGUCUAGGCCGCGUCCAGGAGUCAAGGCCGCGUCCGGAGGUCUAGGCUGUGUCCGGGGGUCUAGGCCACGUCCAUGGGUCUAGGCUGUGUCCAGGGGUCUAGGCCACGUCCAUGAGUCUCGGCCGAGACCGGAGGUCGAGGCACACCGCCGCGUCGCCAGCGUGCCAUCCAUCCCUAAAGGCUCCGACCUCCGACUUCUGUGUGGCUGGCGCGCCUUUCGGUGCAACUUCCCGGGCACGUGGAUACGGCUCUCGGGGGCAGUGACAAAAUGGUAGCACCACAAUAUGUUGUCGUUUUUUCUUUUUUGUAACCCCCAUGAAUGCAAGCACUCUGGAAAAAAAAAAACUCAUGAGAAGACACCUUUGGGGUGGACGCACACCCGGCACAUGUGUCACUGCCCUUCCUGACACCUGACAAGCUUUGAGGACUCGCAGCCGCCUCGGCAUCCAUUUCUGGGGCCAUGUGCAAGCUUCCCAGUCAGCCGUUCUAUUGCAGAAUUUCUGAUGCACAAUUUUUUGCACUAGUGUGUGAUGAAUGACGAGUAAGAUUCUGAUAAAAACAAACUACACAGGGUUUCUAUACACUCACCCAUUGUAUUGUAAGCAUCCUCUCACAGUCUCAAGCAAAACAUUCCACCUUCCGUGUAGUUGACGUGCUAGGAGAAGAGAAAGUCCCCAGCCGUGGCACAGCUUUGUAAAGGGAAUUCGGUAUUGGAGAGACUCGCUCUGUUAUCUGUCACUGCUUUUAGCUGCAUCUGUGUGUUAGAUUCGUUGAAGAUGUCCAGCGAGAACAAAAAGAGGCCUUUUCUUUCCCACAUGUUUUCUCCUCUUUAGUGCCGUCUUCAUCCCAUCGUGUCAGUAUUUUAUGGCUUCAUAGCAGGAGGUCUGCAGCAAUUUCUAUCUGUUGUGUAAAAAUGUGAAUAGUAAUUUAUUUUCGAUAGCUCAUGACCUUGUGGGUUUUAGCAGCCUUCCCUUUGGCGUUGUGUUUGUCCUUCCCUCUCUGGUGUCCCAUUGAAAGACAACACACCACAGGCGCAGCUUGAACUUGGUGGAAAUUAUUCAGGAUCAGAAGGAUCGAAAUAGCAAGUGUUUCUUUGGAGGUGAGGAGAAAUUACCACACUCUUCUUUCCUGACGACAUAGUUUAUAGGUUAGCUUGUUUUUCCUUUCAUUCUUUAUAAUUGCAAAUGGAAAGAAAAUGUCAGUGAUCUUUCAAGUUUAGAAUUCAUUCCUGGUACAUUAUAAAUUAUGGUCUAAAGUAGGCGUGCUCCCCAAUGUGGACAAAACCAAAACCUGAUGUAGAAGAUGCAGCAGUGAGAAUGUCUGUUGUCACAAGCUCAAAGGGGACAUUCUGUUUAUUUUUAUGUAUAACUGUUCGGGAAAAACCUUCUGAAAAACAUAUUUUCUUACUUGGGUUUGAAGUACCUGCCCACCUAUGGAAUGUUUCCCUUUCUUGCAGUCUGGCUGGCCCCAUAGACGUGUCCGGGUGUUCCAUUCCCUCCGUUGUAGUGAACAUAUGCACACCUAGCUUCAGACUUCUAGACUUGUUUGUCUGCUGCAUGUUUAAAUGCAGGACCUCAAAAAUGAGAAAUGAAGAAAAAAAAAAUACCACUGUCAGGGUGUCCCCUCCUUUCAGCAUUGUGCACUGUGCUUUGAACAUGUUAGUCCAUCUUCCCACUGGGCAUCCAUUGUUUGGGCCUCAUGCGUGUGAAGGGCGCAUGCUGUCGGGAAGGCUGACCUCUUCUAGUUCCUUCUUUGCCUUUUGAAUCCCACAGUAUUAUGCUGGAUUCUCUGCACGCUUUUCUCUGGCCAACCUGACAACAGGCCCAGAGGCUAGCUUUGCAACCUAGAGCCCUCCGGUUACUUCUCUUUAGACUAGAUGAGGUCAGCCCGAGCCAGGCACUGGCCGCAGGUGGAACCGGGACGCAGGGAACCGUGAGGGAGGGAGGCUCUGUGCAGGGAGAACAGGGUAAUUAUGUCUAUAUUGAGUGUAUAUAUAUACAUAUACACACAUAUAUAUAUAUACAUACAUAUAAAUAGACUGUACAUAUCUGAGUUUGAGUCACUCAAACAAGAUGCCAAGCGCUGACUCCCGAGUCUCAAUCCAUGUCUCUCGCCCCAUGUUGCCGACCUGCUGGCUGGUCAAUGAACUUCCUGUGCCCUGAAGCGACAGGACAUCUGUCCAGGAAACCACAUAUCAGAUCAGCUAUUCCUUUCCUUUGUGCGCAGAGUCAGACGUCCUUUGGUUGUCAGAUUGGAGCAUGUUAUUUAAACCAGGACACUUCAUGGAAUUCUCCUGCAGGAACUUGCCUGGGUCCCCCGAGGGCGUGUGCAGGGCUAAGCGGGUCUGCUGGGGGCGGGGCGGCCUACGAGACUCUUUCCCGACAGAAGGGGACACGCGGGGGCGCGCCCCGCAAACGCAGGUCACGCUUCAAAGCUGUUAAAAGUGCUGCUUGUCACACAUCUUGCCUUUCUUCAGGCUAGCUGCAAUAAUUUUUUUCUUCUGUAAAAUAGUUUGUAAACAACGACAAAAAAGCUAUUAUAAAAAAAGGGGAAAAAGAAGGCUGGCAUUCUGAUCAGGACACCCAUCGUCACCCCACCCCGUCUCACCACCCCACCACAUGCUGCUGACACGAGUAGGUGCAAAAGACCUUUUUGUACAGAGAUAUAUUUUUUAUGAAGAAUUUGUAAAAUUAUUAAAUAUGCUGUAAUUUUUUGAUUAAUGUAGGUAAAUUGUUAAAAAAAAUAAAUGUUUUUACAAUACAAAACUGUAAUUUUCCCAAUAAUGUACAUUGUACCACCUCUAGCUGAUUUUCAGUUCCAAUCCUAUUACACAUGUAUUAAUAUUAAAGUGGCCUGUUAAAAUGAACAGUAUCUUUUUUGUCAAAAAAAAAUAUAUAAAGAGAGUGUAAUAUAGCCUGUGCAAUGCCACCUAUCUUUAAAGCA